CAAAGGGUGGAUUUUCUUCAGCUGAUGAUAAACUCCCAGAAUUCCAAAAUCAAAGAAUCUCAUAAAGCAUUAUCUGAUGUGGAGAUUGUGGCUCAGUCAAUUAACUUUAUUUUUGCUGGCUAUGAGACCACUAGCAGUGCUCUUUCCUUUGCUUCGUAUUUGCUGGCCAUUCACCCUGAUGUACAGAAGAAACUGCAGGAUGAAAUUGAUGCAACUCUGUCCAAUAAGGUACCUGCCACCUAUGAUACCCUGCUACAAAUGGAGUAUCUAGACAUGGUGGUGAAUGAAACUCUCAGAUUAUACCCAAUUGCUGGAAGACUUGAGAGGGUCUGUAAGACAGAUGUCGAAAUCAAUGGGGUGUUCAUUCCCAAAGGGACUGUGGUGAUGGUACCAACCUUUGCUCUUCACAAAGACCCAAAGUACUGGCCAGAGCCUGAGGAAUUCCGCCCUGAAAGGUUCAGCAAGAAGAAUCAGGACAGCAUCAAUCCUUACGUGUACCUGCCCUUUGGGAAUGGACCCAGGAACUGCAUUGGCAUGAGGCUUGCUCUCAUAAACAUGAAAGUUGCUCUUGUCAGAGUCCUGCAGAACUUCUCUUUCCAACCUUGUAAGGAAACUCAGAUCCCUUUAAAAUUAUGCAAACAUGGACUUCUUCAACCAGAAAACCCAAUCCUUCUAAAAGUUGUGUCCAGAGAUGAGACCAUAAGUGGAGCAUGAUUUAUAAUGGUCUGUUGUGUUGUAUCCUGUGGACCAGAAACCAAUUCAUAUUGUGAUUGAAUCCAGCGAUGAAGAUUGCAGUAAUUUUGUGCACUCCUGCAGGAUUCUGGGUGUUCUUUGAUCUUGUUCAGCCCCUGUGCAGGUUAUCUUCUGUGAAAUAUAAUGAUGUAAUGACACAAAUCUAAGGUAAAUAUGGUUAACUCCCUGGUUCUUGAGGGACUGCCUAUGUCCACUUCAUUGUUACCACGAAAUACCCUGAUUUCUGAUGAGAAAAUAAACACCAAUUUCUAGUUUUUAUCAACA